AUGUCAUCAGGGCCACGCUCCCUCCAGGCUGCUCGGGAAGGACCUGACCCCGACCUCCUCCAGCUGCUGGUGGCUCCCAGACUGCGGCACGUGCCCCACAUCGCCGCCCCCGCGCGGCCCAGGAUGCUCGAGCAGUCCUCAGGUAACAAGGCCUUGAGGAGCUCAGCAGGGCAGGCCCAGCAUCCUCCUCCCCUCCCGGGUGACCCUGGCCAGACCGGGCACCGAGGCCUCUCCGGGGCAGAGCGGGGGAAGCGCCCCAGACCCGGCCAUGCUGCGUCCUCACUGGGUCAGCCACAUGGCAGGGACCCUUCUACUAGCCGCUGGACGCCUCUUCCCCUCUGCGGGGCCUGGAAUCACGGAUUGGAGUCUAGAGCCCCUCACACGCACGUACCCGCCUUCACGCGCCUGCCUCCUGAGGCUGAGGAGCCCAGGUUGCCCAAGCGUCCGCACCCCGGGAUCGCCCGUUCCCUCCGGCUGCACCGGCAGCCUGACCUUCUAGCCCCGGGGCGGGCUGCACACUCCCCUGCUGCGGCUCCAGCACAGAUGUGCUGCCGGGAGAGGCCACCUGUUCGGUACGAGCCUCCCCUCACAAGCACGUGGGAGAAAGUGAUCCGGGUCGCGAAAGGAAGCAAGUGCCAUCCACAGCUCGGGCUUCGACGGAGGACGCAGCUCCUGGCCGGGGCUCCAGGGCUGCAGUGGAGCCCGGGGGUUCUGAGCAGCGCUGAGGCUUCUCUAAGUGGGGUCGAGUGCCAGGUGCGCUUUGUCACAGGUAUCCAGAGCUUCUCGUCUGUGCAACAGAAGCCAGAAACACGUUGGGUUCCGGGGUCAGAAGGAGCAGGCAGGGAAGCCGGAAGCUGCCCAGCUCUGGGCAUAAAGCGGACAGCUGGAUGCCUGCAGAAAGUUCCUAGAGGGGACCCAGGAGCUAUUGGGCUGGACACAUUCGUCUGCAGCAACCUCUCCCGAAACUUCACCGGGCCCCCUGGGCUGGAUGCUUGCAGUGAGGGCUGGCCAGAAGGACCGCCAACAGAGGCAGGAACCCUGCAGUCAGGGGUCACAGGCAAGCCCUGUCCUGCAGCACAGGGCCCCACAGGAGGGUGCGGCUCAGAGCCGGUUCCCGGGGAGCGUUCUCCAGGGGCGCCCCCACCCCACCUCCAGGACCCAGCGGCGGCGCUCUACGGCCAUCCGGUCUACGGCUACUCGGCGGCGGCGGCGGCGGCGGCCCUCGCCGGCCAGCACCCCGCGCUGUCCUACUCGUACCCGCAGGUGCAGGGCGCGCACCCCGCUCACCCCGCCGAUCCCAUCAAGCUGGGCGCCAGCGGCUUCCCACUGGACCAGUGGCUGCGCGCGUCCACCGCGGGCAUGAUCCUGCCCAAGAUGCCGGACUUCAACUCCCAGGCACAGUCGAGCCUCCUGGGGAAGUGCCGCCGGCCGCGCACAGCGUUCACCAGCCAGCAGCUGCUGGAGCUCGAGCACCAGUUCAAGCUCAACAAGUACCUGUCGAGGCCCAAGCGCUUCGAGGUGGCCACCUCGCUCAUGCUCACGGAGACCCAGGUGAAGAUCUGGUUCCAGAACCGCCGGAUGAAGUGGAAGCGCAGCAAGAAGGCGAAGGAGCAGGCGGCCCAGGAGGCCGAGAAGCAGAAGGGCGGCCCGGGCGUGGGCAAGGAGGACAAGGGUGAGGAGGAGCUGCAGGGGCCGCCCGCGCCCGGGGACAAGAACGGCGGCCGCCGGCUGCGGGACUUGAGGGACAGUGACCCCGAGGAGGAUGAGGACGAGGACGAAGAGGACCCGUUUCCCUACAGCAAUGGCGCAGGUGCCCUGGCCGCCUCCUCUGACUGUUCCUCGGAGGAUGAGUGUCCCCCGCCGCAGUAGGGUCCCCGCCGGCCCCUGGGUCACCGAGGGACAGGAAGGAGGCCAGGAAGGCGGCCGGCGGCUUGCGCCUGGACUCGGCACUUUCUCACGCAGUUUCUGGUGCUGGCGGGAGGCUUCGGGAAGCACCGAGCUCCUCCUGACCCGAGCCAGCCCCUUGCUUCCGCACUGGCGGCAACCGACAGUGUUCCAGUGACCUCUGAAACUUGAAACUUCUCUGGAAAUGCCAUUCUCGGUACAAAAGAAAGAGGGUUUUAUGCUUCUGUAUCUUAAGGGGAAAAACGUAUGUCAUGAGCGCUCAAACUGCUGGAAAUCUCAAAA